AUGAGGGACGGCGCAGCGGCUUCGCUCCCUGCGCCGGAAAUGAACAGAGAACAGAGAGACGGCCAAGGCGGCAAGGCGCCGGGCGAGCCCGAUGAAGGCGCAACGGAGAGGCAAGGGCCGAGGGCUGGCGACGAGAACCCAAAGAGCGAACUUGAGAGAAACAGAGAUGGGCUUUCUGGAGGAAGGAGGACGAGCAACGCGGCACACUGUUCGUCAGGCCCCCAGCCCAGUCUCGCGUCUGCGGUGUCGUCUCUGCCCGUGUCGUCCGCGGCCGACGGAGCUCUGCCUUUUUCCCCCUCACUGAUUUCCCCGUCAGACGUGUACUUCGUGCCUUCGCCCUCGCUGGCGAACUUCCUCCGCAAGUCCCUGGAGCGUCUCGAGAAGUCUUCGCCGAGCGUCCGACGCUCGAAAGAGCUGAAGGAGGCAUGCGGCGCUGCACUGGAGGCGCUCGACGCGCUGAUGUCUAGGCGCGAGCGCGGGAGACAGGCUGAAGGUCGCGAAGCGGCUGAGCACGCGACUGGAGAGAUUUGCGACGUCUGCCAAGAGACUGGGGACGGACGCGUGGGCGUCUCCGAGGCGCAGCGGCCGGAGGGCGUCGCACCUGAAAGGGAGGCAGACGGACCGCAGGUGGAAGGCGCGAAGACGGAAAAGAUUUCUCUCGAGGAAGAAGGCAGGGAAGGCAGAGAGGAGAACGACGGAACGAGAAGGGAAGCAGGGGAGGACAGAGAGGCAGACGGGAAAGAAGAAAGGGAAGGAAAAGACGAAAAGGACGGGAAAGAUGAACGGGGGGGCAAAGAAAGGAAAGGUUCGCCUCGGCCGGUCUCGUCGUUCUUCGCUUUUUCGUUGGGACUCGGGAGCGGUCGAGCGAAGAAGGAAAAGAGUGGGAAGCAAGAGAGCGAGAAGAAGCGCGAACUGACUCUUCGCGGCGUCGACGAAGACGAACGCGAUAUUGAACUUCUUUUUGAGCCGCUGCGACUUGCCUGCGAGUCGAACCACCCGAAACUGCAGCUGCCGGCGCUCGACGGCAUUCACCGGCUGCUCGUCUCGGGCUUCAUUUCGCCCUUUCUCAAGUCUCCCUCCUCUUCGCGCGAGUCUCUUUUCUCCUGGCGACAGAGAGGGGACUCUGAGAAGCCGCGAGAAGGGCCAAGCGAGGACCUUCCGGCGCUCUCUCCUCACUUCGAGGCCGAGACGCCGUCGACUUCCGUCCCGGCUCUCUUUCCUUCCUUCUUUGGUUCCAGAAAAUCCGACCCCGCGCUCGCUCCCGAGGACAGUCCACACCCGACUCACAGCCGAAAACCCACCGAACAUAAACUGGCUUCUUCCUCUUCGUCUUCCUCUGCGUCUCUUCCGCUUUUGUCUCGCGUGGUGGUAGCCGUGUGCCGAUGCAGUUCGAGCCCGGACGAGGCAGUUGUUUUGCAGGUGCUGCGGUGUCUGCUCACUACGUUGACGUCUCCUUCUCUGGAGGUUCACGGCGGUACGCUAUUGACGUGUCUUCGCACGCUCUUUGACGUUUUUCAAAGUCCACAGCGCAGCAAAGAGAACCAGCGCACGGCGCAGGCCGCCCUCCUGCAGACUGUACAUACAGUGGUGCAGCGCUACGAGUUCUCCGCGUACCCGCCCCUCUGCGCCGAGAAGGAGACGGAGCGCGAGGCUGGCGAAGAGCCGCGAGAGAGAGCCCAGCGAGAGCCCAGGGUCCCCGACUCCGCGCGAGAAGAACGCAGGCCUGAGAGAGAGAAACGAGAGGAAGAGAAGGGAGAGAAAGCACGCGGAGCGGCGGAGAAACUCGACGCGUCACGAGGGGGAGACGUGGGAGAAGGACAGCGAGGCGGCCAGCCGGGUGUCGGAGAGACAGGAGAACGAAGCCGUCUUGGACCGCGAAACGAAAGCGAAACGCCGACGCGCGAAGACGAGAAGGCGGCGUCCGUGUCCAAAUUCCUUCAGUCGUACACUUACCAACUGAUUGACCAAGCGAUCCUGCGAGCAGCCUUGCAAGCACAACCCGAGCAAGACCAGUACAGCCGAUCGUCCUCCUCCUCUUCGCCUUCCUCUUCCUCGCUCUCUUCUCCAGCGUCUUCUCCGACGCCCUCGCCUUCCUCUUCUCACCCCGACGGGUCUUCCUCUGCGGUGAAAGACGACGCACUGACUGCGCUCGAGCUUGCGAGCACUGUGAACGAGCGGGGCGAAGAGCGCGGCAGGUACGGCUGGUGCGUCGAGUGCAGGCAGGCUGCAGCGCACUACUGCCUGGAGACGGGUGACCCAGUGUGUGGCAAGGCGUGCAAAGGAGCGAAUCUGCGUCGGCUGCGUCGCCUCCAAGGCGAGAGCUGCGCGGAAAGCCCGCCAGAGGACGCGCACGCACAGCCCGUCUCGCCGUCUCUCGCCUCCUCUUCUCGGCCCCUGGGAGACGGAGCCUUGCCUGCCUCCUUCGCAGCCGCUGGAGCAGCUGCAAGCGCCCUUCAGACCGAGUCACCCUUGUCGCCCCGCUCGCUCUGCGCCGCGCCGAUGUCUGUGCAGCAGAGAGACGUGCUGCUCGUGCUCCAGGCGCUGUGCCGUCUCGCGAGUUCGGACGACGCGUCGCCGUUCUCGUUGUCUUCAGACAAUGAGGCGAAGCGCGGCUUCGGCGUCUUUGGUUUGGUGCCCAGCGGUGCGUUGACACUGGGAGGGGCUGAAGGCGAUCGGCGGCCCGAGGAAAAACGGAGACGCGCGACGACCAGGCUGGCUCUGGAGCUCACGUACACCAUGCUCCACGCAAGCGGAGAGUGCCUGCGAGGAAGCAAGCUCUUCCUGACGUUUGUCAAGCGCCAACUUUUCUUCGCCUUAAUCAAAAGCGUCAUCGUCCCUUCUCUCUCUUCCGUGUCUCUUCGAAUCUUCCUCUACCUCGUCGAGCACCACCAUAUGCACUUGGAGCAGGAGACGGCGUUCUUCCUGUCUGAUGUGCUCCUGCGUCUCGUGGCCUCUCCGAAUCUGCCGCUGGAGCAGCGAGAAGCCGUGCUCGCCGCGCUGAGGGAGUUCCUGGCCGUCGUCCCUCCGCCGUUCUUUCUUUCUCUUUUCGUCAAUUUCGAUUGCUCUGUCCACGAGAAAGACGUUGCUCUGCCGCUCCUGCAAACGCUCUGCGACCUCGCAGCGAAUGGCGGGCAAACAGAAGCCUCAACGGCCUCGACGUUUCAGCGUCAUCUGCCGCUUCGCGAGGAGGCGAUGCGCGGGCUCGAGGCGCUUCUGUCGCGCCUCUUGGCGUGGAUCGACAAGCUCAACAAGAAGCGAGCGGAGGCGCGCCGGCUCGUUCGCGGGCGGACGCGUGGAAGCUGGAGACGCGAGAGAAAGAACUGGAGAGAGAAGAAAGGAGGCGACCUUGGAGAAGAGAGCGACGAGACGCUUCCUCUGUCUUCGUCCGACGACUCCACGUUCUCCACGCCGCCGUCGCGCGCCUGCUCGCGCCAGGCAAGUGUCGGCCGCGUGGACUCGUCUUCGUUUUCAAAGCCUGAGCAGGGGAGUUCGGACUUGCAUGACGCUUCGCAUGCGUCUUUUCUGCGGCCGCCGGCGAGUGUGUCGUCACGUCUGGAUCAGGUGGUGCGGCAGCGCGAGCGGAAGAACCAGAUCCGGCGUGGAGUUGCGCUCUUCAACAGGAGCCCCGAGAAGGGACUUGCACACCUCGUCUCGCUCAAGUACUUGGAGGCGCAGCCGAAGAGCGUCGCGAACUUUUUCCUCGCCCAGGAAGGCCUGAGCAAGACGCGGAUCGGCGAGUUCCUCGGCGAGGACGCACCCUUCAACAAGAAGGUGUUGCAUGCGCUGGUCGACUCGCUGGACUUCCGCGGGAAGGAGAUCGACGCGGCGCUCAAGACGUUCCUCCAGCUCUUUCGGCUUCCCGGCGAGGCCCAGAAGAUCGACAGGAUGAUGGAGAAGUUUGCGGAGAAGUUUUUUCUCGACAACAGCGCGCCUUCGCCCGCCGCGUCCGCCCUGCAGAAGCUCCACGCUUCGCAGCCUGCGACCGCUGCUCGCGUCUCGGCCUCGGCGGCCCGCGAGGCGGUGGCCGAACGCAACGCGCGCCUCUACGCCUCGGCCGACUGCUGCUACGUCCUCGCCUUCUCCCUCAUCAUGCUCCACACAGAUGCCCACAGUCGCGAGAUCAAGGAGGAACAGCGCAUGAGCAAGGACGCGUUCGUCCGGAACAACCGCGGAAUCAACAACGGCCGAGACCUCGAGACGAGCUACUUGGAGACGCUCUACGACCGAAUCGUUCAGGAAGAGUGGCGCUUGGAAGACGACGACGUGGCACUCUGCAUGCGCGAGAAGCGCGAGAAGCUGCCAGGAAGCAAGCGCACGCGCGAAAACCGCGAAGCCGGCGAAGGCCACGGCGGCGAGCGGCGCCUCGACGGAGACGACUUCGAGGACCUCUCCGAAGACGAAGGCACGAUGGGCGUCCUCGCGCAGCCGUCUCCGUUCUGUGACGCAUCUGUCUCCUCGCUCUUCUGGUCGCCCGUCCAGGUGCUCGAAGAAGACAGAGUCCGGGCCGAGGCAGAGGCGCACCCCCCGCGGGCUGGCGACGCGUCGCGCGCGGCGCCUUCGGCCUCCUCCUCGCUCUGGGCCUCGCCAGGAUUCGAGGAAGGCAUGGCGAUUGCGUCCGCGGCCGCCGGCGAGCCUGCGCUCUGGGAGAGUUUCCGCGGCUUGGCGCUCGGGACCGAAGGGACUGUCUCCGUCUCGAAGAAGAUCUUCUGUACCUCGAGUCUCCAGCUGGCCCCGCCGGUCGUCGACCUCAAGUCGUUCUCGAAGAAGGCCUGCCAGAGUCUCGUGGCGCGCGUCGCGGGACGCAGAGACUCGCAGCAUCGGGCGCCUGGGGGGUCCGUCGCCCAGGGUAAGGCGCGAGAAGGCAAGCGCACGAGCGCUCCCGUCUCGGCGGCUCUGUCCUCCGUCGAGUUGAUGGCCUCGACGCCCUACCUCCUCCAGCUCGCCUCAUGGCACUUGCUUCGCUGCUUCGCGGAGGUUCUGGGCCGCGACGCGAAGGACGAGGCGCGCGAAGAGGCUCUCGCAGCAGCCGCCGUCGGCGCCUUCAACUCCGCGACGCGCCUCUGCAUGCGUCUGCAGCUGGCCAUCCAGCGAAACGCCUUCGUCACUGCCCUCAGCGCGCUGACGUAUCUCCACUGCUCGGCGGCACGACUCCUCCGCGGGAAGAACCUCGCGCUCAUUCGCCUCCUCCUCGCGCUCGGCCUCGAGUGCGGCGAGACCCUCGAGGAGGCCUGGCUGCCGCUUCUCCACGCCGCGAGUCAAGUCGACUUUUUGCACGUCGUGGCCCACGACGUGCUGCAGAGAGCGAGAGAGAAACAGAUGCUGCUCAACGCUUCGCUCCAAACGCCCGCGCAACCCGCAGGCGGCCUAACCGAAGCCUGCUCGCCGGAUCCUCCCGAGGCUCCCCACGCACCUUCGCAAGGGGCGCGGGAUGCUGCAAACUCCGCAGCGGAUGGCGCCGAAUCCCCGCGCUCGACGGCGCUUCCCACGGCGCAUGCAGCCGAUUUCCUCGCGAACGCCUGGUCUCCCGCGCGCGCACCCGGAGCCGAGCCACGCAGGGCCGACGAGGCGCUCUCUGGGACGCGUCGCGAAGAACCGGGGGCCGACGAAAUGGAGACAAGCGGCCGCGGAGACACGGGAGAGGGGCGAGGAGAGAGGGGAGACGGGCGAGAGGGGUGGUUCGACAGCGACGGCAAGGAUGGCAAGCGCCCAGCGGCGACGUCAGCGGGAGCAGACUUUGACGCGAUCGCGUCUCGGAACCUGUCCCUUCCUCAUGGCCCAAUUCUCCAUACGUCUCCUGUCGAGACGCCUUCGACUCAGGCUCUUCCCGGUCUCUCUUCUGCGUGUGUGGGGCCUCGUUUGCUGUCGCCUGCGGAUCUCUCGCGACCGCACGCUCCCCUUCCGCUGUCUGUGGCGUCUGGCGAAGACGGCAGCGCGCGAACGAACUUCGUUGUCUCCGCAAGCGCCCCGUCGGCGUUCCUCGGCGUCGCGUUGCUCGGCGUCGGCGACCGCAGCGGCGCGCUCCGUCCGCUGUGGCGCGACGCGCGAGGCCGCGGUGUCUCCGGGAAGGACCGGGGCGACGCGGGCUCUUUUGCGGCCUCGCUGCUUCCUUCCGCAGUCCCCCCCAGCGCCGCCUACGGUCUCGGCCACGCGAACUACGCGCCGAAUUUGUCCUCGCUCUCCGCGUCAUUCGUCUCGCCGUUUGGCCCCGCAGCGCCGCCGCCGCUGGGCCUCUGGCUUGGGCCUCUGCGCGCGGGCGGCAGCCCCCAGUGGGUUUCCUUCGCUUCUCUCUCUUCCUCGGGAGGCUCCGAGACUCUCUUCCAGAACGCGCUGGUAGUCUGGCGCGAAGUCGCAUCGAGUGUCUUGGAUCUCCUCUUCACGCAGAGCCGCGCGCUCUCGAGCGCCGCCGUCAUCUUCUUCGUGCUCUCGCUGUGUCUCGUCUCGAGUCAAGAGCUGCAUCCUUCCCUCGCGUCAUCGCAACCUGAGGGCACGUAUGCGGCCUCCGCGCCGCCUCAGGCCUACGUCUUUGCUCCGUUUUCGAACGGGAAGCGAGCGAGGCGAGGCGAGGCGAAGCAGGCGGGAGACGCGCCGCUUCUCGACACCUCGCCGCGGCUCUUCAGCCUCCAAAAACUCGUCGAGGUCGCCCACUUCAACAUGGACCGUCUCCGAUUCGUUUGGAACCGCAUAUGGACCAUUCUCCGCUCGCACUUUGCUCACGCUUGCCUCCACCCUUCUCUCGCCGUCCGGCUGUACGCGAUCGACUCGCUCCGCCAACUGACCACGAAGUUCCUCGAAAAAGACGAACUCGCGCAGUUCACCUUCCAGGCCGAAUUCUUGAAACUCUUCCUGACGGUGAUGACGCAUCCCCACACGGAGGACGAAGUGAAGGACUUCCUCAUGCACAUCAUCUUCAACUUAGUUCGGUCGCAGGCCUCGAACAUUCGAUCAGGGUGGAGGACUGUCCUGCAAACAGUGCACGCGGCAGCGACGGAAUCUUCGGCCUAUCUCCAGCAUUUCCCGUCUCACCGAAAGGAUGCUCUGGCCUCCGGCUCGAGUGCCUCCUCUGUCCCCUCGCCUGGAGACGGCAAGGCGAGUGGUAGAGAGGAAGAAGGCAGUGCGCAGGGGAGCAAGGUCGUGGGAAUGUGGAAGAGACUCCGUCUCGCUUUCCAGGUGGUUGAGCAAAUUCUCGCGCACAGUCUCGGCAUGCUGACGGGCGACAGUCUGGAUGAAGCCGUUCGCUGUCUCCUCCUGUUUGCCUCGAACCCUGUCGACGAGUCUAUGGCGAUCAGAGCCGUUCUGUACCUUGAACUCUCGGUCCUCUGUCUGAUUGAGGGAACUGUGCCGGCUAGCUUUCCUGGCGCCGCUCUUCUCGCCUCCCUGCCGAACGAGGAGACGCGCAACAGCGUCGUUCUGUCUUCGCUGCUUCAUUUGCACGGUCGCUUGAGGGACGGAAGGCGAGACAAGAGGAACCGAGACUCCCGAAGUCUCCGAGAAACAGGCGAAAAAAGGAAAAACCGCGUGCGCGAAAGAACAGAGCAUGCGAGGCUACGGCAUCGGCAAGAUGAGGCAGGCGAACUCGACGUGAAGGACGACCCGGCGACAGUGGACGCAGGCGAAUUGGGAGACAACAGCCAAACGCCGUCUGCCCCAGCUCUUCCAAAUAACAAUGCCACCUUCUUUCUUUGCUUCCCUGUUCUCACGGCUCUGGCUCAUCUAGCGUGCGCUCCUCUCCCUUCUUCCUCUGUUUCUUCUUCAUCUCCUUCCUCUUCUUCAUCUUCUUCCUCUUCUCUUGCGCCUCCUGGAGUCGGCCAGAGAAGGUCGUCGCCGCCUCCGACCUCUCUACAGCCUGCGAUUGGGUCUGAUGUAUCAUCUUCCUCUGAGAGGAGAGAGUCGGGAAGGGAGGGAAGGAGAAGGAAUGUUGCGUUGGAUGCGCUCUUUCGUCUUCUUCUCACUUAUGGGGCAUCGUUCAGUCCCCUCUUUGCUUUCUGCGUGGCGAAGGACCGAGAAGGUUCCUUCGCGUGCGCUGACGCUGGCAGUGAGGAGAGAACGCGUUUGAGUGCCGCGCGAGGCGAGGUAGAGGAGACAGGGGACGGAGAAGGCGGGGGGGAAAACGAAGAGGAGGGGAAGGGAAGAGGUGAGCCCGGAAACACGGAGCAGCAGAUUGACCGGCAAGGCGCAGAUCGGUCGUCGUCGUCCUCCGAGAGGGAGUUGACGACGCCCCGAGGAGAGAGCGCCAGCGGAGACAAACGGCUCGACGCGGAAGAGGAAAAACAACACGAAGAGUCUAAUGGGUGUCUCUCCUUCUCUCGAGAAGACUCCGCGCUCGAGGAGCGGCGAAGCGCCACGGAAGGCCUUGACUCCAGGUGGAGGAUGAUCUUCCAGGGCGUUCUGUGCCCGCUCUUCGACGACUUGUUUCUUCUUUUGCGACUCAACCUGCAGGACCGAAGAGCAGUCUGUGCGUUGCCUCCGCUUCUCCCUUCUUCGGGGCGCGCGUCUUCUGCGUCUUCUCAGGCGAGGUCCGCCGCCUUACCUCGAGACCCCGCGCCAGAGAACGAGACUGAGCGCCCGAGAGAGGAGAGAGAGACACUCAAGCUUUUGACGGCAGAGACGCUGUUUGAGAAGAGCCGGGAGGCGCCGUCCUCUAACGGCUCUCCGCGCGAGAAGCCUUUGGCGUCGUCGUUUUCCCUGGAAGAUCGCGCCGACGAAGCUGGGGCCCACGCCUCGCAUCCCGACUCGGCGCCGGGACAUCCCAUUGCCCCCGCCAGUCGCCAGAAACCUAACGCACGGGCGAGCAUCAGCAGUGCAUGCAGCUCGGCCUCGAGUGCGGCUUCAAAGCCUUCAGAAAGGCGAUGUUCAAAAGAGGGAGAACAGGAGCGGCGCGGCAGCGACGCAGGCGGUGGGGGGAGUCGCGACCGAGACAGACACGAGCGAGAUGCAUGCGCCGGAGCCAGGUUGGGAACCGCGCUCUGGGCAGAGAUGUCGUGCUGGGACGCGCUCCGGCAGCUUGUGCUGCUCGCGGAUCUCCAUCUCUGCGAGCUCCAGAGCCAGCUGAAGAAUGUCCUUUCCCUCAUCUUCGCCGCGGUGGAAGAAGACAGCGCACUCGAGCGCCUCGCCCGUCUCGGCGUCGAAGCCUUCCGAAACCUCCUCGUUGCGCUCGGCCGCCGAACUGCGAGGCCCCCUCGAGUCGCGAGGCCAGAACGAAAGGAAGAAAGAGAGAAACCCGACGCCGAAGCCGCGCACAAGGAAGGCGAGGCGAAAGAGCCCCAAGAAGAGAGGAGCGAAACAGAAUCAAUGGCAGGGAGAAUGGAAGAGGAACAGAAAGAGCAAGAAGAUGCGACAGAAGACGUCGAUCUGGAGGCAUGCUGGCGAGCUGUAGCGGACUCCGCUUUGGCGCUGUUCCAACGCACGACCCCGACCAGCCUCCUGGGCGACAGUUUCUGGUUCUCCUCGAAGGAUUUGUUGCUGCACUACGGAAUGUUUUUCCUUCCCGUGCCAGUGUCGCUUCCUCUUGAGCGCUCGGCGUUGAGUGGCGACGGCAGAGAAACUCAUAGUGAAACGAGAAAAAGACACGAGGAAGAAGACUCAACUGCCCCCACAGAGAACCUAAACCCACACGUCUGCCCAGAAGAGCACGUCCAGAAACAGACCGUCAGUUCCUCUUCUUCCUCUUCGUCGGGUCCGGAUCCUGUCGAGUUUGCCGAAGAUGGCUUCUGGCCCAACAGCGCAGGCGGCGCCUUUCCCUCGUUGCAGAGGGAGGCAAUUGUGCGCGUGCUUGUCGCGCACUCGUCUCUCGACGUUUCUUCUCUCUUUGCUUCCUUUCCGUUCUCCGCCGCCUUGUCUCUUUCUUCUGGAGAGGAGAGAGACUCGGGUGACACCGGAACGGGCGCAAGGCGCAGCAGCGGCGUGGACAGCGACACGCGCGAGAAGGAUGAGCGCGGCGGCCAGGCGACCGACACGGAGCGAAACCCCGCGUCCCCUUUUUCGCCUUCGCGACUCGGAGGCAGCCCCGGCCUGGCCUUCGACUCCAGUCACGUCGUCACCCACUGCGUCGUGCAGUUGCUGCUUAUCGACGUUCUGCAGCAAGUCGUUGGAACGCUCGCCCCCCGCCUCCCUGCUCCCGUUCUCGCCCGCUUCCUCUGCGCACUGGAGUCUUCCUUCCUCUUUGCAAAUAUCUUCAACCAGCAAGUCGAAUUCCGCCACGUUCUGCAACAGCGAGGCUUCAUGAGCGGCAUGCGUCACCUCCCCGGCCUCCACAAGCAAAGCCGGGAAGCCGUCUCCGCGUCCCUCUCUCUCCUCACGUCAGUUCUCGCCUCUCCUGGAAAGUCGUCUUCGGCUCCUGCUGGCGCCUCUUCUGUUUUGCUUUCUGCGAGCGAGGCGUCCGCACGCGGGCCGGGAAGAAGCCGGUCGAUGAGCGCGGCCGAGGCGGCCGAGCGGUUUCUGCGAGUCUCCCGGUGGUUGGUUUGCCAGUUUCUGUCCAGAGAGAAAGACGUCGCGAAACUGGCCGAGGAAAAGCGACUGAAAGAGACGCUUGCGCGGCAGCAGCCAAGCCAUCUCUCGCGAGACGGAAAGACGGGAUGGGCCGAAAAAACGAAAAGUGAAACGUUGAAACAUCUCGAGCUCACGGAAAGCGAACGUGAGUUAGCUGGGUUCGCGCCGCUGAUCUGUGGCAAGAUGUUGCCCGGCUUGUCUCGCUUUCCGAAGGAAACGUUGUCGCUCUACGCCGACGCAGUCUUUUCCCUUCUGGUCGAGUUGAUCGGCGCAGGCUCUGCGGAAGUUCGCAGCGCCGUGCGAGACUUCUUCGCCUCGCGAUUUGCGUCGAUGGCGAAUCUGUCUUUCUGCUCGCCAAUGGUUCAGAGACAGACGCUUCUCGCGACUUCCCUCUCGUCUUCGUCUUCCGCUGCCUCGCUCUCCCAGCCGUCGGCAGAGCUCGUUCAACAGGCUGCCGAUCGGCGGAGCUCCAAGGCCAGUCAGGCUCCCCCUGUGCGUGCAGCCUUGUCUUCGCCCGCGUCUUCUCCGUCUUCGCCUGCCUUCUCUGCGGACCUCUCGUCUCUGGGAACGGGCGGAAGGGCGGGAGAGGAGGUGCGAGGCGGCGACGCCGCCGCCUCGCACCUCUCGGCGCAGGCUGUGUCGCAAGAGCGGAGUUGA